AUGACAAAAAAAGAUUUUGAAAAAUAUGUUGACAAAGAAAACAAUCCGGAUACAUUGUAUGGAGAAACGAGGAAAAUGGAGCCUUGUGUGAAUAACAGGAGGGGCGGCUUUUGCCUGCAAGGUAGUUAUGACUCAACAAGCGGGCCGAUGGGGUUAAUGACCGACCUAGGAAGUGAUACACCGCCGAGCAUAUUUAUGCAAGAACGAGUUAUUGCGCACCCAUCUCCUUCCUACGUGAGAACUGCGGCGGUGUCUACCGGUGAGCCGCUCUCUGUCGCUCCCGGGCAGAAACGGCAACACGUGGAGGCCCACCACGGAACGGAGGCCCACUGCGGAGAUCAAGAAUGCACUUCGCACGUGCUGAACGUCGAAGCGGUGGCGCCGUCGCCGUCUUCGCUGCCAGCGGUUGCGGCGGUGUCACGCGCGAUCAUAACGGGCGGUGAUGGGGAAGCCGAGAUACAAAAUAAUAGUGAAGGAGAAUGGGUUCAGGUCGUAAGGCGUAAGACGUCACGUUUUAAAGGCAUGCGGGGAAAGGCUUCGAUAGAUCCGUUACUUAAAUUAAGGGCAGCCGAUGUGCAAAUCCCGCUUUUCAUUUAUAAUGUCUCAAAGGAGAAUACAGAGCAAGAUGUUGCGGAUUAUGUAUUCGAAAAGACACAUAUUCGUAUUGUGCCAGAAAAAGUACAUAUGAAAUCUUCAAGGAUGCUGCAAUUUAGAGUCAUAAGAGUGUACAGCGUAACAAAAUGCGACAGAUAG